CGCUUCUGAAGGUCUGUAAUAACAACAUAUGUAUUGAUUAUUGGUGGUCACAACGUCAUAUCAUUUGGACAACAUGUCGACAAGUGAGAAAAUAACACCAAACGAAGGACUGGAGGCCGAAGAGGACGAGUUGCCUCCUCCCGUUGUGACUCGAACUCGUAGCGGGCGCAGAGUACGGACCCCAGCUGUGUAUCUUGACUCUGAAGUACCGAAGACUCCAACACGCCGAACAAGGAAAUCUGUCAUUCAAGAGUUACCGAAUGAGAAUGCAGAGAACCAGACGGAACCCGAACCAGAGGUUGUAGUCGUGGUACCCGUUGCCGACAAGGCUCGUGAGAAAAAACUUCCAAGCAGCGAGUCCAAAUCAAAUGCAUUGGCAACAGCUGAGGCAUGUACAGAACCAGUAAAAUCAGACACGCAUGUAGAGAAAUCAUUAGGUACAGUUAUUCCAGCCGUGUCACAUAAUUGUAACGAGAAGGAAAACAAGGCUGGUCCCGUACCAAUGGAGACCUUUCCGGACCGCCCAAAUAAAUCGGCCAAAAAGAGGACUCGUUCAGAGUCAAAUGAGAAACUUGCCCUGAUACCUUUGGGGAAACCGAAAUCCGGACGGGUAUGGAAAGACCGCAACAAGCAAAGGUUCUCGGCUCUUGUAAGAGAUAAGCCACUGUGCUCCUCCUGGGAGAAGAAGAUGGAGGCCAAGCGAGAGAAGGAGCUGGUGAAGAAAUAUUCAGUGCAACUGAAGGAGGACAAGGCCAGGGAGAAAGAGGAAAAGAGGAAGCGGCAUGAGGAGAACUUAAAAAGGCGAGCUGAGAACGAGAGGAAGGCGGAGGUUGUGCAAGUGAUCCGGAACACAACAAAGAUCAAGAGGAUGAAGAAGAAACAGCUGAGGAAGAUCGAGAAGAGGGACACACUCGCCAUGCUGCAGAAAUCACAGCCCAGGAACCCAAAAGCUGCACGGAAAGGUGGCAAAGGGGACAAGUAGAGGGAGUGCACAGGUUGACUGAUGGGACAUUCAGAUCUAGAGCCCUGUUGAGAAGCACCCCCUAGGCACUUCAUGUAGAUAUGAAAGAACCAGUCAGAAAAGGAGCUUGCUCCACACAUUGACCCGGUAUUGCAGUUCCCCCAGGAUAAAAAGGCGAUCGAGCUUUCCAUCGAUAGGCUAGGUGGAAUUUUCACCAUUGCUUCAAAUCUAUCCAAUCCUUUCAGAUCUACACAGUGCCUAGGGAGGGCCGAUAUGGCUAUCGAUGCUCGCUGUUGGAACUGGAGCGCAUGGGCAGCAAACCCUUUCAAAACAAAUUACCACCUGUGGAGCAUUGCAGAUGCAAAAAGUGCCUCCUACCUCUAUUCUGCGGAAAUCCAAACGUGGGCUGGAAGAAUUCUUAUCUUUACUUCAACUUGUACUAUGUUUUACUGGAGCGUAAUCCAAUAUUCCAUUAAACAAACAAUUGUUCUAUACAUUUA